CGCCCCGACUGGGAGGCGGGCGCGCCCCGCACAGCUCCGUGACAGGACGCAGGCGGUCCGCCUGCGCGGAACCCUGCUGGCGGAAGGAUGUGCUCCUAACACCCUCGCGGCGUGGUUGAAGUAAAGCGCGAACUGCGGAGGCGCUAAGGUGUUGGAACUGCAACUGGUGGAGGCGCGGCCGAGAAGCUCCGCCAGCCCCGCGGUGUGGGCCCGCAGCUGUGAGAGACGUUCCCGGUGCGGGUCCGGUGCUCCCGGGGGUGGCUCCGUGCGUGAGAGCAUUGCCGCGGAAAAAGGAAGAACUGAGGAGAAAACAAACUAUGAAAGUGUUGGUUAUUGGCCUUGGGGGUGUAACAAAUGGAGGGAAAACAACGCUAGCAGAAAAACUUAAGAAUAUGCUUCCCAACUGUGAUAUAAUCUCUCAAGAUGACUUCUUUAAGCCAGAGUCUGAAGUAGAAACAGAUGAACGUGGAUUUAAGCUAUAUGAUGUACUUGAUGCCCUCUAUAUGGAUGAAAUGGUGACAAGUAUUCGCAAUUGGAUGAAAAGCCCAGCAAGCUCAGGUGUUGUGACAGAAGAGCCAGAGAAUACCUGUGACAAUCUGAAAAAUGUUCAUAUUUUGAUUGUUGAAGGCUUUCUCCUUUACAAUUAUGAGCCCCUUAAUGAGCUAUGGAACAGAAGAUAUUUUUUGACCCUGCCUUAUGAAGAGUGCAAAAGGAGAAGGAGCACCAGAGUCUACCAGCCAGCAGAUACACCAGGGUACUUCGAUGGACACGUGUGGCCUAUGUAUUUGAAAUAUAAAAAUGAAUUGGAAGAGAAUGCAAGUAUGCAAGUUGAUUAUUUGGAUGGAACAAAAUCCCAAGAGGAGCUUUUAUCCUAUGUGUAUAGUGAUAUAAUACAGGAAUUAAACAAGCUGAGGGAAGAAAAUCAGCAGGUCACAUCAUGACAAUGUAGAAAGCCUGGGUUCCAUUUGAUAUGAGUUGAAAACACCAAGACUGUCAUACAUGGCAAGCCAACCAACUGAGCAAAUGCUGUGUGUAUGACCAUAAUGCUGCUUCAUGUAACACAAGAGAUUUUGUAAGUAAUUAUUAACUCUCUCUUGGGUGUGGAGACAGAGACUCCAUUUAGGAGUAUGAACACUGCGUUCCUGAAAUUUCCUUUAAUCAAUCCUGCUUUGGCUGAGCUUUAAAUCUGAUUCAAUGUGUAUGUUUUAAAACAUGAAGAUUUUGUGCAUAAAACUAAACCACAAAGAUGCACUUCUGUUGGAUUAAUAAGCAUAUCUGAACAUGGAUGAUUUGAUUGCAAUUUGAAACGAUCAUAUAGGAAUGACGGUGAUUGCCUCUAAUAUUCUUAGGAGCUUAUUAUCACUGAUAAACAUGCCCAGAGAAACUAGCUGUGUAAGAUAUGUAAGUUUAUGUAAGUUGUUAUGCUGCUUAUUCAGUAACUGAAUACUUCACAGCUAAGCUUAUUUAGACUUGCUAAAUACCUCUGGUGUUUGCACUGUAAUUUUUGUGUUGUGUAUUCUUUAGAGCAGUUGGGAAUAGAUGUUAAGAAAAUGAAAACAAACCUGAAGAGGACUCAGAUUGUUGGAAAAAGGUGGGAAAAUAAGAUGUAGAGAAUGGAGAUGCAUCAUUAACAAGAUAAAAUACAUAUAUUAUGCAGAGAUUGACUAGGAUGGCACAGAUGACUAGAUAAUAAAUCCAUGCUUCAGGGAGAAAGAAGGAAGAAAUAAUUGUUAUUAAUAUUUGUAACUCACAUUGAAAGUGAAAUGAAACUGAAAUGUUGUGAAUAGAAUGUUCAGAAAGCAAGAAUGCCAGACAAAUGUGAAAGCUUUGUUGUACAAUUUGUGUGUAUAUAUAUAUUUACCCAAACUAGGAAAUUGGAUCAUAGAUUGUUGCUGAAUAAGUAAUAUCUUAACUCUUAUGUUUUCUAGACAAUUGGUUGCAUUUUUAUGAGCCAAAAUAAAAAUAAAACUACAGACAUGGAAAGGAAAGGAUGGAUUUUAUUACUUGAUACGUGACAGCUUAACUAGUCAGUGAUUGAAAUGUAGUACUUUAUAGUAAUAGUCCUAAAUCUAUGUAUUAGAAAAAGAUGUUAUCAGAUUACAGCUAUGUUUAGCUGUGUUUAAAACAAAGUGCUUCCAAAUAUAAUUUUGUUUUAUUAUUUUGCACUAAAAAUUCUUCAUCUUGCAUUUGCUCA